AUGGUCCAAGAAGCGGUGCAAAAGGUACGCAAUGGAGCGUCAACAGCCUUCAAAGCAGCAAAGGAGUACGGUGUCAACCGCCACAAGGUCCUUCGACGUCUUCAAGGCAUUCCUUCAGCACCAGAGGCAAUGAAGCAGAGAAGGAAGCUCUCAGACAUAGAGGACAAGGCACUGUGUGAAUGGGUGGUGCGGCGGGGCAUCUUGGGAUGGGCUCCAACAAAGGAGGAGCUCGAAGAGCAUGCCAGCAUGCUUGCAAAAUCGCCAAUUGCCCCAGGAUGGGCUAAUCGGUUCCUGGAGCGACACAAAGAGUUCAGCUAUCGCCGAAUCAAUGCCCAGACCGAGGCUAGGAUCUGGGCAUUGACCUUGCCAAAGAUUGAAGCGUACUAUGAACUGGUGAGCUGUAUUUAUUUCUUGAAGCUGCAGCAGGUUGUCACAGAGCGUAGCUUGACCGCAGCAAACAUCUUUGGCAUGGAUGAGACCCCCAAGUACCUGUCCAAGACCACCAGGGCAGAGAAGAGGCGCAUAUUGGCUUCAGGAGGCCGCAACGAAGAGCCCACGCAGAGGGGUGGAACCGCAGAUACUUCAAAGGCCAGUGUUAUUGAGACAAUCUGCGCUGAUGGCUCUCUUCUUCCACCAACAAUUGUGUUCAAUGGCAAGAACCGACAGAUGGAUGUACUCCAGCAUGCCAGCACACUCGGUGAC